AUGAAGUUUGCCGCUUUCCUUGCUGCCGCUGCAAUUGCCCUUGCUUCCGUCUCUGCCGCUGAGGCUCCCCGUGCCCACCUUGUCAAGGCCCGUAUGGCCGAGGAGGCUGGUCUCGAAAAGCGUGGCUCUGGUAAGCUCACCUGGUACGGCGGUGGUAUGCUUAGCAACCCUGCUUGCGGUGGCUCGGCUCCCGGUGACGAUGAGCUUGUCGUGGCUGUUGCCCAGAACGGUGGCUACGGCUCCUGCAACCAGCGUGUUGAGCUCCACUACCAGGGCAAGUCUGUGAAGGCCACCAUUCGUGACUACUGUGACGGCUGUGCGUAUGGUCACUUUGACGCCACCAAGGGUCUCUUUUCGCACUUUGCCAAUCUCGACGAGGGUGUGCUUACUGGCAUGAAAUUCAAGCUUUUGUAA